AUGCGAGCAAGACUUGAUCCAGUUUUUUCAGAUUAUGUGCUAGAAGUUGAAAACGGAAUGCCACCAAACAUAGUUGAUGAAACCAUAAAGAUUCCAAAUAGGAUGCUUAUUCCCUAUUAUAAUGACAGCACUUCUUUAGAUAAUUUGAUAGAAGAUGUUUUCCACAAUAUUCAUGAAUAUUCAAUGAAUAUUUCAACUAUGAUGAAUCGGGCAAUAUUAACAUCGAAGAACAGUUAUGUUGACAAAAUAAACGCAUUGUUGAUUCACAGGCUCCCGGGUGAAAUUCAGCGAUAUUACGGUUUUGAUGAGACAAUAGAUGCAUCUGAACAAUCAGUUAUGGAAGAUUUUUUGAAUACUCUAACCCCAAACGGACUUCCGCCUCAUGAAUUAUUACUCAAGAAAAACUGUCUCAUCAUGCUGCUUAGAAACAUUAAUCCUUCAGAAGGGUUAUGCAACGGAACCUGUUUGAUUUGUUGGGCUUUUGAUAAAAAUGUCAUAGAUGCAGAAAUUACAGUUGGACACCAUAUCGGAAAAAGAGUGUUCAUUUCAAGGAUACCAUUCUUACCAAAUGUUGAUGAAAAUAGUGGUUUUCCAUUCAAACGAACUCAAUUUCCUAUAAGAUUGAGUUUCGCAAUGACUAUAAAUAAGUCAUAA